GACAGUCAAAUUAUAUUUGCUGGAAGCAGCCCAAAGACAAACCGACCAAUCACAAUACCGUAAUGUGCGCAUGCGUAUUUAUAUAGGAACCUGUUCUAUAGGAACAAGCAGUAACGGAAAACUGGAAAAUGAUGGUUUUAUUAAUUUAGAUGUUUUUAUCACUUUAUGUUUAUAAAUCAUGGAUAUAAGAACUUACUCCCUGUGUGCUCUUAUGCUUGUAAUAAAUGAAGUGUCGUCACAGAGUGUCAUAGUCGAAGCUGCUCAAGGAGACGCUGUGAUCUUACCGUGUUCAUCCAGUCGUUAUGAAAAGUACGUGUUCUGGCGAUACAGAGACACCAAGCCUGUGUAUGACAUUAUCGAGGGUAAAGAAAAUUUUCAUGACCAGGAUGGAGAGUACAGGGGCCGAGUCAAAGGUUUUCCAUCAGAGUUCACAAAAUGGAAUUACUCCAUCACACUGAGUGACGUGAAACUCAGUGAUUCAGGAACUUACAGCUGCAACCUCCCUGACUCCAGAACUGUCCAUGUAGAACUCGAGGUCAAAGAUGAGAGUGACUCAAGCCACAGGACUUCCCCAGAUAACAGCAGCAUCAUGAGAAAAGCAGGCAGUACCUCAUCUUUAGUCAUUUCAGUUCUGCUGUGUAUCUUCGUUUUCUAAAGAAAGAAUUAAAUCUUUUAAAUCUUUUCCUCAGUACAUCUUUGGCGUUCAUUUAAUUAUUAUUAAUCAGAUAGCAGUAUAUACACAAACUAUGCAAAGUUCUUUUUCUUCGGCAGAUAAAAGAUUGGAGUAAAUUUAGACUAGUGGUUGGAUACCCAAAGAAACAGUAUACAGUACAGUAUAUAGUGACUGUGGAGGAGGCUGCAUUCUUUGCAAAUGUUUAUGUAAACUUUUAAAUUCCAUAUAAAUUCCAGAUGAGCUCUGUUCUUGCCAGCUCUGAUCACUUUCACUAACUGCUUUAGCUGCAACAAUGUUUUCCACAAGGCCAGUUAAUUCUAAAAGUUCUGUCAGUUUAUUAAAAAUAUAAAUCUGUUAUAAACAAUGCAAUUGCAACAAAUAGUUACUUUUGGAUUAAAUUUUCACUUUGGUCUGCUAUGUAUUUUAUUCUACAGUCCAGAAUUAUUGCCGGGAGCAGCCGAAAGACCAACAACAACAAAAAUCCCAAGAUUUCAUUCUGUGACCUAUAGAUUUGAUACACACACACACAAACAAACUGUGGUGUCCAGUUAAUGUGUGUAUCCAUCGUUCAGGAAUAGACCUAAUCUGGACUCAUCAGGUCACAUGACCUUUUUCAUCGCUCCAAAGUCCAGUCUUUAUUCUCCCUAGCAAACUAAAGCCUUUUUUAAAGUCUCACUAAUAAGUGGUUUUCUUAUGGCUACUGUAAGAUGAUUUUUAUUUACCUUUAAGGAAUUAAAUGCACCGUACAUGUAAUCAGCAUUAACCAGUGAGGCUGAUAUGUGUGUGCCGUAAUGGAAUGUGCCGAUGCAUUAUAGCUGAGCUAGGCAUUAAGGCGCCUAGAAAGGGGGCGGGACUUAAUAGGAUCCAGAUGUUGGGACAGAAAGUCAUGUAGAAUAAAUACUAUUGAGCGUAUGAAGAAUAUAUAAUGGGGGAAACAGACAAGAAAGUUUAUCCAUGAACAAGCUCCAGCGGUUAUGAAUUGAUAAUAAAGGUCGUAAUCUUCUAGAAACAAACCCAAGACUCUGUGUGUCUUUCUUUUUUCGUGGGUCUCUGUGUGUGUCUGUCCAUUUGCAUGCAUACAUGUAUAUGUGUGUGUGAGACCAGCUGAGUGGGAAAUUAAAGCUCUGUAUCCAGUGCACAGGGUCUGUUCCCCCAAUGGAAUUGUAAAAACAGUUCAUCAGAGGGGCAGCUGCUUCCAGAAGUAAGAAUUCACUAUUGUGUAAAUGCUCUUAUUUUCACUAUUAAACACAGCUCUGGUUUUUACUGUAAUUUGUUUUUACCACACAACAUCAAGUGUUUAAGUGAUCUCCAGUCAUGACUUUUUUUCCCUGACUACAUUUCUUACAGAAAGUUGACGGUUCAUUGCUGUGUUUUCUGGUUUUUAUAAUGCUAACAGGUUCUUCAAAUUCAAAUUUUAUUUGUCACAUACAGUCUAGUGGAAGGGGUUUAACUGGGAAAAAAAGGAUAUAUUUAUUUUAUUUACUUGUUUAUUUAUUGGAGAGUUGUAAAACCAUUUAAGUAAAUAAAUAAAUAAGAGAAUUAUU